AUGUCGACGGAUGAACAACCGAUACCCAAGACACCACCCUGGCAAUUAUCAAAUGCAGCGGAAGAACCGACCUCUCAGAUCCCGUCUCCAACAGUUUCAAAUUCGCCAAAGUACAAGAAGAGAGCGACGUCGCCAGCAAUUCCUUUCAGUCUGGAAGAACGCCGCAGCAACUCGGCAAAGUCAAGUUUUCAGGCAGGAAACGGAAGUUCUUCCCGUAUGACUGCAUUCUAUAAGGAAAACUUACGGGAGCUUAAUGAUCUCCAGGAGGAAAUGUUCAGGAAGAAGGUCAAGCUGGACGUAGCAAAAGAUGAACUCUCUGACCACAGAGACCAACUUAAAGCCCUAGAACUAAAGAUAGAUCGGUUAAAAGAGGACAGAUAUGUCAAAUCGCAGCAGAUAAAUCUCAAAGAUAACGAACUGAAAAAACUGAAAGAGGAGCAAGAGACGCGUGAAACGUUCAUGAACAAAGGACAUGAGCUAGAGCUACAGCAACUACACGCCAAAAAUGCAGCUGAAUUGAACUCUUUGUCCAGUGACUACGAGCUGAAAAUUGCAGAAUUGAAUCAUGAGAGGCAUCAGAAGCUCAUUCAGCGCAGAGACAUGCUGAUUACCGAGGUGAAAGCUGCAGAAAGAAACAUCGCGAAUAAUGGAUCAAUUUUGAGAGAUAUGCUUAAUGAGUGUACAAGUAAAGAUCGCCAACUUCGUGAAGACUGGUUAAGAGAGCACCAGACGAGCUGGAAAAAGAAAGUAAACCAGAACGAAACACUGAAGACUGAGGUCCAGCGGCUUGAAUCAAGAGUGACUAAUGAGCUUGAAAAAACUUUGAAAAAGAAGUGCUCAGCUUUGACUGAAAAAAAGGGAGUCUUAAAGGGGCUGGAAGAACGGUUAAAUGAAGCCGAGAAGGUUCACUCUGCAAUUGAAAAACAGAUGGACGAUUUGAAAUGCGAAGCGGCAUCCCUCACAUCCCGGAAAACUGAAUUGGAAACAUAUAUUACGACCUCUUCCUCCGAGCUGGUUCAAGUCAAUGAGAUUUUACUAAAGGAAGAAACAAUAAGACGUAAGCUGCACAAUGAGCUGCAGGAGCUCCGCGGCAACAUAAGAGUUUUCUGUCGAGUACGACCGCCUUUGGCCAACGAAGAAAAAGAUCUGUCACACUUUCGCGUUGAAGAUUUUGAUGAUAACGCGGGAACUCAAUCCAUGGAAGUCAAAAGAGAUUCUAAAGUGCAUCAGUUCAACUUUGACAGGAUAUUUGACGUACACGAAAGUAAUGAGGAAGUGUUUCAAGAAAUUGGCCAACUUGUUCAGAGCUGCUUGGAUGGUUAUAAUGUUUGCAUUUUCGCGUACGGUCAAACAGGAUCGGGUAAGACUUUCACAAUGCUCCAUCCUAAGGAUGGUAUUAUACCACUGACCCUAAAUCACAUCUUCGGCUGGAUCGAAAGACUUGAGGAAUUGGGUUGGAAGUACGAGAUAACAAGUGAGUUUGUUGAGAUAUACAAUGAAACAAUUCGAGACCUACUAAAAGAUAUCGAUUGUGAUAGCGAUGAUAACACAGAAAACUUUAAGCAUGACAUAAGGCACGAUCCUGAGACUCACACAACUCAGAUCACAAACAUUACGAAUUGUCUUCUUACAAAUAGAUCGAUGGUGGACGAUAUUCUCAAAAGAGCUUCCAGGCUUAGAUCUACGGCAGCCACAGCAGCUAAUGAACGGUCCUCUCGCUCUCAUAGCAUAUUCGUCAUAAAGUUAAAAGGCUCGAACGAACAAACAGGGGAGAUAUCCGUGGGAACUUUAAAUCUGGUCGAUUUAGCCGGCUCUGAAAGGGUAAGUGCCGAGCAACACAGUCCUGCAAGAAUGAGAGAAACCCAAAAUAUCAACAGAUCAUUGAGUUGCCUCGGUGAUGUAAUUCAUAGUUUGGGGGGUCGUGACGCCAAUAAAAGACACAUACCUUUCAGAAAUUCAAAGCUCACUUACCUCUUGAAAUAUUCAUUAAUUGGAGAGUCAAAAACGCUUAUGUUUGUCAAUGUAUCGCCAGCUUUGAAGAAUAUGAAUGAAACCCUAAAUUCUCUCAGAUUCGCGUCUAAAGUGAAUUCGACUAAAAUUAACAGAAAGAUCACCUAA